GCACAACAUUUCCGAGUUCUUGUAGUAUAAAAAGGACGCCAGCCCCCGCUGCAAAGUCCAUCACAAGUUGCACUCGUCUAUCACACCAAACACUCGCACAAAUCUUCUACUUCUUCAUCAUGAAAUCCCCUGCCGCAUCCGGUUCCCAGGAGACCCGCCGCUUCUCCGUCCCCAACAUCAAAUACGGCGCACGACGGACUACCAGCACCCAGGCAGAGCCGGAGGUUGCCCAAGACAAUAGGAGUCGAAACACUGGCAAUUACUUCGGAAACAUCACCCGCUCGCAGUCGCUGCCGCUCUCGCUGGAAGGCAUCGUCGCCGACGACGUUCCCGAGGAGCCCACCUACCUCAUCCGCCUCGCAGUCGACCAACACGCCCGCGCACAGCCGUGGAUGAACGCCGAUCAAUCCACCGCGGUCGCCGCGCCCCAGUCUCCCAGCUCCUCGCCCACUGGCCAGCAGCGCGAUAGAUCGAGCGGACGCCCUGCCGGCGAUCACCCCGACUUCUAUCAGGUCACAUAUACCCCCGACGCUGCAAUCAUCACCACCCAAAUCUACCCAGCCAGAGAGGACAUGGCUUGGUUGAAUAUCGCCGAUGGCGAGCGGUACUUCAACGUCCGCCCUCCCGGGCUUUCGAGCCCUAUGCCCUCGGAGGAGGACGUCGCGCGCUGGUUCAACCCUGGGGUUAUUGCCCAUGAGGAGCCCUCGCCCCGACGGGCAGUAGUCUCUGCGGAGGAUAUUCCAUCAUCGCCGCCGCCGCCAUACGAGGAGCACGAACAACCAGUCGUCACCGUUACGAUGAUUAUGCCAUACGGCCGCGGCGGCCACAGAGGCGGAAGAUCACGGCGUCGUUCGCCCCGUGAAGAGGCUGCACCGCCCCAGACGCCGCACCUGCCGAGCAUUGAGCGUUUUGCGACCGAACCACUUUACGCUUAGCCACAUACGCGCAUAGUCACUGCACACUAGGAUUCGUUUGUACCUUAUGAUCUUCCUCCCAAUGGAAUUAUACACACUCCAUCGGAUUGCACGAGAGC